AUGGAAAGAGAGACACCCACACCCUCACGAGCUGAAGUUCUUGCUAAACUACAACAAGAAUCCCGACGACUCACUCGGGCCUAUCAAAGAAGACUUCUAGCCACUAAUGUCCGCAAAAACUACUGCACACUCUGGCUGCGCCGCCGAACCUAUAAAGAAAAGCUUUCCCUUAAUCGCGCCCUCGGCGAAGAGCGCUCCCCCCAGCAAAAAGACCUCUUCCUCAUCUCUCCCUCUAAGCCCUAA